AUGAUGGCUGCACCGGCGAAAAACAUCAGCUCAUGGAGAUUGAAUGCGGCUGAGACCAGUGAGCUUGAAGCACGAGUCGCUAAGGGAGAGGAGCAUGCAGCGGUAAAGCGAGAACUGCAAACCAAAAAAGCGGAAGCGUGCGAAGCUCGCAAAAGAGCCGCGCAAGCUGUAUCCACAUCAGCUGCGGCUGGUGCUCCUGCAGGUAAACGCGCAAAGACUGGCGCCGCAGCCGCUGCAGCGGCCUCGCCAAGUCCGGACCAGGAUGCCACAAAUGCCACGUAUUAUAAGGAGGUACAAGCGGACAUCCAGCGAAUUCUGGCAGAGUUUCCGGGCAUGGAAAAGGAAAAGCCAAUGCAAUUGACCGAGUGCGCAGGGACUGGGGUUCAAGAGGCUUUCUGCAGGGAGAAGGGGGAAAGCGCGUUGAAGACUCACAAAGUCUACAGAGCCAGCAUUUCAGUUUGGUGGCUGAACGUGUUCAGCUCUGCGACUCCUGGAGUCCCGAUGUCGCGCAAGCGCACCCUGGACAUGUCAGAGCACUUCUACCCAAACGGGGCCCCGUCAUUCAUGACUUCCCAGAUGGUAGAGUGUCAGGUGACCAAUGCUGAUUUGGCAGCUGAGCCGAAUGGGCUGCAGAUGGUGAGUCCAGAAGAAAUAGUCCACGCUUUGCUUGCUGGAUGCGCCCGCAGCAUUCAGAAGUCGCCAAAUUGGCAGUCACAUAAAGACAAAUGGCGCAUGGUGCUCCUGAGCAUCCCAUGUGCAUUUUUGCUGAUGCAGCAAUCCGAGCUGCGAGUGGCCGCGUUCAAUCGCCGCCAAGCAGUGCUGCAGCAGCAUGAAUCCUUGUCUCGCACAGGGAUGCAGACGGUGAUUGAAAUCGCCCAUCUCCGCUCAAUGCUGGAGGCUGCAAAUCCAGCAGCGCAGAAGAUGAACCACUCCCAGGUCGCAAGCGAGCUGGUGAAGAUGGGUUUGAAGUCCGUGGUCUCAGGACGCAAAGCCGACGAAGACGAUGCUGGAACUGUCAGCCCGAACUUGGUAGGCAAUUGCCAAACCAUCUCCAAAUCAGUGCUGGUGUCUGCCAAAUGUGUAGAGAUUCUUUUGCAGAUGGAACAAGAUUUUGGAACGCGCUCGCCCUUUCAUACUGUGGCGGCCUUGACAGCCAUUGCAAAGAAACCGACCAACGCGUUCUUUCGCGAAUGGUCCAUGGAAGCCAUCCAGGAUGCAGUGAAUCAAAAGCUUCUGCAUGUCAUGGAUAUCACGAAGAGCAGCCUUCAAGGCGACAAGCAUCAUUGUGGGCUGAUUCCUUUGUACGAGACAAAAUGGAAGGUGCUCAACCACUUUUGGGAGGAGCUGUUGCCGAAGAGCGGGAUGCUGUCAGAUGACAGAGCACUCGUCAAGGCGAAGCUCACGGACCAUCGGACAUACAGAGAGGCGUCGGGUGAGGCCGAUGUUAGUUGGAUGAGCCGACUCAAGACAAGUGGGCUUGCAGCUUUCGAGCUGCUUCAGGACAUCGUCUACAGCAAAAAGUAUGACAACCAAAUUCGACAGGCUGCCAGACAAGGUGGCUCUCCGGAGUCUGUCCUGGAAUUCAGUGACAUCUCAGCGGGCUGGGAUGCAGUCAAGGGACACUUGGCAAACGAGGAAGCAGAACGCAAAGCUGCCGCAAAGCUUGAGAGGGAGACUGCUGAAGUCGAAGAAGAGGAAAACUGUGUGGAAAAUUUGAGGAAGGCUCCAAAUAAUUUUCCUCUCAACUCGACCAAGUAUUGGCGCGCAGUCGCGAACCAAUCAAUGAGAACAUACAUCACCCUGCAGGUCGAGCCGAAGACUCAGGACAUGGUGGCUAGCGCUGUGGCGUCCUCGCCAUUGAAAGACAUCACCAGCCCUAUCUUCACACAUUUGGACCCGGGAUUGUUGGGUGAGUCAUGGGGCCCUGGACAACAAGCACGCUUGAGGAAAAAAUAUCUGGCAGACGAUGCGCUUCUAAGGAAGUUGCUCCACGGAGCAAUGAUUGGCAGGGGCGCCCAGAAAAAGACUCCUGAGGGAGAAACCACUGUGCCGGCUCGGGGAGAAAUCGUCAUAGUCCAUGUUGGACCAGACAAGAGCAAGCAAGAAGUGCGAGCAGUUUUCCGUCUCCAAAGCGCCCGCAAAGACGCAGUCCUGGAAGCGGAGGAAAAAGAAUUGCUUAUUGCAUAUGACGAUGACUCCAUCCGGCAGAGGAAGAAGCUCACGAGAGGAAGCUACAGUUUGCGCUCCUCGUUGCUCUUUUUCAGUGAAUCACCUUUGAUUCCUGAUUUGAUACCUGAGAAGCAGUACGAGACUUAUAAUGCUUGGAACACGGCUGACCUGGUGGGCUUUGUGAAGGCGCUGCCGCCGUCAGCGUUGUGGACUGAGAAGGAAGAGAUCUUGACAAAGGAAAGGACCGUGCAGCCCACUGAAGCUGCCCAGGCCAAAAAUAACGAGGACCCGGUCCUGCUUUCAGAAUCCGUCUUCAGCUGCCAAGCCCUCCCACGGAAUUUUACCGUGAACUUUUGA